CCUUUCGAGCACUACAAUUGUGCAGACGCCGGCUAUUUCUCGGGGAUUACACUACCCAGGUACUUCGCCUUCCCCCAUGGCCAUUUGUAUAGCCAUUACUUUAUGCAGCAAGAGCCUCUCACGAAUCCAGCACACGAUAUCACUUCUCCCACCCCCAGUGCUUCGGAAAACCCUUUCAAAGAUGGCUUCCCUUGUGGCCCAGAUGGCAUCCGUAGCCUUCGAGCUUCGUCGGCCUCACCCGGUGGCGCCUGGGGCGGCAGCCCACGCCUGCGCGAUGCCGGAUUCCUCGACACCGAGCAGCUCGAUAAGCAGUUGCGCCGACUGAGCGAUCACAAAGAUGAUGAUUCUGGACGGCGCUCGGAGCCUCCUAUAGCUGGUCAACGGGUAUUCGACUACGAGAAUGCUCUAACCCCUUCACAAUCGAAACAUUCAUCUGGGUUUAAGUUCGCGAACCGGACAAGUUCCCCAUCGACAGGAAUACAAUUGUUGGACCUUCCAAAUGAGACCUUGACCCAUAUCUUGUCGCACCUACAUCCUGACUCACAUGCGGCCGUUGCGCUGGUCUCAAAGCGUUUUUACAGCCUGGUGACCACGCCUCAUGCUUGGCAUAUGGCUUUUAUGCGACAUUUCCCUGGCCAAAAAGUUUCCCGGUCGCCGUCGGCGACCAUCGCUGGGCACGUCGAAGAGCUGGAUGACUCUGACAGAAUUCGUUCCGAAUAUCGUCAGUUCACUCGCUUGACAGCAUUUGCCUCAUGGAGAAGCGAGUAUCUUCUUCGCACACGUCUUCUGCGCAGUGCAGCGAGAGGGAAACCAGGCGCAGUUGCUGGAGGCAUUGGUUCCGCGAUUCGAACAGGCCCCCAGAAACGCGCCAGCCCUGUCCUGACGUACAACUCGAAGCUUCCCUGGAUGGUCUCGAACAUACAUGCUGUCUUCUCCUCAAGCGCCAAGAAGCCCCCGAAAGUCAUCCAAGGAUCUGCAGAUCUCUGUGUUGGAACCCUGGGCGACCCUACUACUGGCAAAAUCGAGAGGUGGGGCCUGGACGACCACUUUUCCUUCUCACAACUCGAUGAAGUCUUCCCGAACCUCGAGCCCUAUGGCGUCGAUACCGGGCCCGCCGCCACUCUCAAUGUCAUAGACGUUAGCGUGCCUUACGGGAUCGUUGGUGGAGAGGGGUUUCCCGGUGGACGGCCUUAUUUCCGCCCCAUUGGGGAACCUAACGGGCGAUACCUAGCUACUCGGCCUGAUGUUUCAGCCUUGUCUAUUCCGGACGACGUGCCCAAGAUUCCAGAUAUGUUGGAGGGCAUAUGCUCUGUGUGGGUAGCCAAGUCCGCUGCUGUACCCUACACGACAAGCUCCAUGAUUGGAAUCAUGACUGGAUCUACACUCGGCGUUGUGACGUCCUACUCUCUUGGCUAUGAUUCAUCCGGUCCUCGUUACAGCAAGGGUGAUAUGACCUGUCGAUGGGUCCUCAGUCCGGGCGUGCCCAUCAUUGCCCUGAAGGUCGACGAGAAUUAUAGUCCAAAACGUAAGGCGCUGAGACGUGUUUGGGCUGUCGCGCUGAAUGCCCUGGGCGAGGUUUAUUACCUUGUGGAUACUCCGACGCCGCCUAUUGCUAGACCGAUGGUAGAAGAGGGUAUUGUUGGCGCUUGGCAGGCGGGGCGAACAGCUGCUUGGGAACUAGUCGAAGCUACCAGACGGACCGCAAGAUCAGAUGAACUAAACAUGGACGAGGUGAUGGGUGCAUAUUCACCCCAUAAGUCGUCGAUGCAAACGUCCCUUACAAAAGCCCAGCUUAUUGCAGAAUGUCGGGAGAUUGAGACAUUUUUCCGCAAGACGCCGUCCGACAUCAAGAAGUCGUGUGAGGGAUGGGACAUGCGUCGCAAGAUUGAGGUCGAUUUUGGUGGUGAUGACGGUGGCUACGCCGGAGAGUCCGUGGUUGUCGUUACGCGCGGUUUAGAGCCCGACCAGCCUGCGAAGCUCAUGAAGUUCACCCGUCAAAUGGCACCGGUCUCGCUGGAAUCAGCGUCCACCCCUAAAGUUCUCUCAUCCGACACCCAAGCAAUCCCACCCAAACCGCACUCCUCCCUCUUUGGUAACCCCAUGGAUCUGGAAGCGCCCGAAACUUUUUCUGGCAAUGGUGUAUUGUCAUUGAGCAGCAUCGAGGCUGGCGCUUCUUUGACUGCCGGCAUGGACUAUUGGUUUGUUACGCCUCUGUUCUUGGACACCAAGGGUCAUGAUGGCAUCGAAAUCACUUCGGUUGCUCUUGACAACUCGAUUCACGCCCAGACCACAAUGUUUGAGGAUUCCUGGAAGGCUGGCGGCUCUGGCGGCUCUGGUGGCGCUGUCACAUCUGCUUCUGGUGAUCGUGGGUCUCAAUACAAAAGCAAUGCUGGCGAUCUACCUGGAAGACGCGCCAGGAUGAUGGCCGCUGGGACUAGCUCAGGUGCGGUGAUGGUGUGGAAUGUCCGCGAAACGACAACAGACGUUGUGCCAUUGGUCAGGUACAUCCAGACAGAGUCCCCCGAGGUCUCUAGCGUUGCGCUCUCGUCGCUAUACCUCAUUCAUGGAGGUAGCGACGGACUGGCGCAGGCCUGGGAUAUCCUGGCCUCGAGCAUGGAGCCCAUCCGCACGCUCAAUUCGAGAGCUUCGGGUCGGUUGCCUCGGGCCAUCUUGAAUGCCAACCCUAUGCUUCGAGAUGCGAAUCAUACUGCGGUGGGAGCCAUCUACCUAGAUCCAGACCCAGCGGUUCCAAGGGGAAUACUGGCUUUCGGGACGUUCUUGCGUUACUGGACUUAUAAUUCGGAAGGCGUGCAAAGUUCGGGCCGGAAGCGCAGGUCCCGUCACCACGCUGAUGGCCAUGUUGCCAGCCGUCGCACCGGUGCCACCGUCAUGGACUACAUUGCAAACGAGGCUGCAGAGCUCCGCCGUGAGCAGGCUCACCGCGCCCGUGAGGAGGCGCGCCUUCGCAGUCGCUUCGGGGUCGGGUUGGGUGACCUUACCGAGGAAGAAGCAAUCCGAUAUGCUCAAAUGAUAUCCGAAGAAUCCUUCCAGUUGGAUGAGGACCUUCGACGGUUCGGCACGAGUGACGAGACUGGGUCUAUGUCUCUGUCUUCCUCACCGUCUGCAGAGGAUGCGGAUACUGAAAUGGGCGGAGCAAUCUCGGUUGACAGCAGUCAAGGUGGCCAUACCACUGGCACAUUGACCCCUGAGGCAACCUCAUCAAUGCAGUCUAUGCUGGCGCAUCGGCAGAGCCACACAGAGGAUCAUGACCCUGAUUACGAACGUCAGAUACAGCAGGCGAUGCGGCUAUCGCUGCUCGAGGCAGGCAUUAACGAUGAGGGAAUGUCGCCUCGUGGCAGCAGCUCGGGCGAGUACGAAUUCCAGAUCAAGUACAAGCCGGGGAAGAAAGAAAGAGGAAUCACGUCAAGAAGACCGUCCUCAAUCUCGCCGUCCGCCAGUCAAGUACGCAAACCUGCUUUCGUCCAGCCUGUUUCUACUUAUAGCAACCAUCUCAAUGGUGGCAGCGGUGAUUUUGAUGAAGAUUUGCAGUUGGCUCUUCGAUUGAGCCUCCAGGACGCAGCAGUGACUUCCACUGGAUCUCAGAACCAUGAAACAUGGUUGGCAAGCCCACAAUGCAAGGAAGAUGAGUUCCCGGCGCUGGAACCUAAGGGCAAGGGGAAGCGCAACGCGGCUUAG